GCUCCCCUGGGGAAGGUAUAAAUACCACCUCCUGCCAGCCUGGCUUCACGGCACUCGCGGGGGCUGGCAAUCUGGUCACCUCGACACCAGAGUCCACCAUGGCCUCAGACCACCAGACACAGGCGGGCAAGCCCCAGCCCCUUAACCCUAAGAUCAUCAUCUUCGAACAGGAGAACUUCCAGGGCCAUUCCCAUGAGCUCAGCGGGCCCUGCCCCAACCUGAAGGAGACAGGGAUGGAAAAGGCAGGCUCUGUCCUGGUGCAGGCUGGACCCUGGGUGGGCUACGAGCAGGCUAACUGCAAGGGAGAGCAGUUUGUGUUUGAAAAGGGUGAGUACCCACGCUGGGACUCCUGGACCAGCAGCCGGAGGACAGACUCCCUCAGCUCUCUGAGGCCCAUCAAAGUGGCUUCACCCACCCCCCUCUGUCCACAGGACAGCCAAGAGCACAAGAUCAUCUUAUAUGAGAACCCCAACUUUACUGGGAAGAAGAUGGAGAUCGUGGAUGAUGACGUGCCCAGCUUUCACGCCCAUGGGUACCAGGAAAAGGUGUCUUCUGUGCGAGUGCAGAGCGGCACAUGGGUUGGCUACCAGUACCCCGGCUACCGUGGGCUGCAGUACCUGCUGGAGAAGGGGGAUUACAAGGACAACAGCGACUUUGGGGCUCCUCACCCCCAGGUGCAGUCUGUGCGUCGCAUCCGUGAUAUGCAGUGGCACCAGCGAGGCGCCUUCCACCCCUCCAGCUAGAGCCCUGAUCCUCCCCUCCCCAGGGUCUAGGCCCACCAUCCCAGGGCCUCCUGACACCCAGAGUGAAUAAAGUGUGGCUUGCAACUUG